GAAGUGGACACUCCCAAGCGAUCCCAACUCCCAAGUAAGUCGAAUUCCCAGCUCUCAAACUCUAUUUAUUUAUUUUUUGAAUGAGUAGCUGCCGCACAGUCGUUGAUUCAUUGUUGUUUCAUAGAUGUCGUUCAUGGGAGAAUCAGCGUGAUUUUCAUUGUAGAAUAUCUAGUACGACAAUAUUUAAUCACAUAUGCUUUCUUUGAUUUGUAAGCGAUUGCUUAUAAUCUCAAGAAGGGAGAGGGUUUUGGUGCCCUCAAAUGCUGUCCAAAGAUUUCAAUUUUAUGCCUCAAAAAGCAAAUCGGGAGCUGAAAGAGAUGAACCAGAAUCCUCUUUUACGGUAACUUACCUACUGAACUCAUGUGGGUUGCCUUUGGAAACUGCUAAAUCUUUGUCCAAGAGGGUGCAUUUUGAGACCCCAGAAAGACCAGAUUCGGUCCUUAAUCUUCUCAAAAGUUAUGGGUUUACCAGUACUAGCAUCUCUAAACUCAUCAGCUCUUGUCCAAGCCUGUUAGUAUGCCAUGCCGAGAAGACCCUCUUGCCUAAACUUGAGUUUUUCCGUUCAAAAGAGUUUCCAAGCUCGGAUAUUGUAAGGAUUGUCUGUUGGAAUUCGAAAAUCCUUACUAUGAGCUCGGAGAAAUAUCUGAUUCCUUUAUAUGAUUUCCUCAAGAGCGUACUUGGAAAUGACCAAAUGGUCUGUGCUUGUUUGAAGAGCUCGAUUUGGAUCUUUUCAGUAAAAAAGACUUUGGCUCCGAAUGUGUCACUCAUGAGAGAAUAUGGAUUGCCACAAUCCUCUAUAUCAGCGAUUCUUUUUCAGAAAUUAUGCUUAUUUGGCUUGAAGACAGAGAAGCUUGAAGGAUUACUUAAAAGGGUCCUAAACAUCGGAUUUGACCCUACAAAAGGGGUAUUUGCGGAAGCUCUUAUAGUGUUUUUUCAGUUGAGUAAGUCAACAUUGGAACGUAAAAUGGAUGUAUAUAGGAGAUGGGGUUGGUCUGAUGAUGAGAUUUUGACGGUUUUUAGAAAGUUUCCCUCAAUGAUGAGGAUAUCUGAGCAGAAAAUAUCUAGCUUGAUGGAUUUCUAUUUGAACAGGUGCGGUUGUGAAUGUUCCAACUUUGCCACAUAUCCACAAGCUUUGAGCUUUAGUCUGGAGAAAAGACUCAUUCCUAGAUGGUCGGUGGUUGAAAUUCUGCUGCAAAAGGGAUUGAUUGAAAAACAGCAUAUCAAUAUCCUUUACCUUUCGAUGCUAAGUGAUAAAGGGUUUGUGGACAAGUUCCUCAUUAAGUAUCAAGAUCAGGUCCCUCAAAUAAUGACCAUAUUUCAAGCAAAAGUUGGUCUUCAGGAGUUAGGUCAUGAAUGUGAGAAUAUAUGCAGGUGAGAAUCUUUGUCAGAAGUCCAUUUCAACACUUAACAGGUUUCAAAUGGAGAAACUUUCACCGCGAAAGUUGGUCUUCUGGAUUUAAGGUGAAGGGAGAGAAUGUAUUUGUGUAAGACUGUAAGGUAUUCGUAGCAUUGAGCAUCAGUUUUGUUAACAUGUAAGGCAUUAAGAAAUGGUUGUUCAAUUUAGCAACACUGUUUCGCAAAACUUGUGAGGCUAUGAUCAUAGUAUUAUUCCAGUUUCAUACUACUUCUGCUGCAAUUAUUUUCAACUGCCAUAUUUGUCUUCUUGGGUGAUUGCAUGAUUGAGGAAGGUGUGUUAAUGGUCAUGGGAACCAGUGGUGUAGAAAAUCCCUAAUCAGUGUUUGGUUGGCAAUUCGCUGUGGGUAUUGGAAUCCAUUCUUACCCCGAUGUUGGCGUAAUUUGAAGUUCAAAUGGAAUAGAGAAUGAGAUUGCCGACACCUGGCCUUGAAUUCCAAUACCAUUUCUUAGUUGGUAUAAGACUACUAGUAAUUGGAAUUCCUUUUCUUUUGCAAUUCUUAUUUCUUACAACCAAAUAUAAACCCUGUCGUUUUAUUAUUGCCAGUAGAGUUUCUGAACCCAUUUUCCAGUGAUGGGAUAUGGCAUGGGUGUUAUCACUCUGUUGAGGCUAAUGGGUUUUACCCUGAUGUGCUUUUUCCUGGCACUGUAAGUAUCAGGAUUUUCAUUUUUCUGGGAAGCUCCAAUGUUGCUCUUGUUUGGUGUCCUCUGUUCUAUAGGUGGCCGGUGGCUCGUGAUCUUUUAUCACCAUAGCUCAGUUCCUUGUGCACUGGUUGGCUUUGUUUUUUUCCUUUAUAAUUUUCUUUGUAUUUCACAGUUUUAACAUUCCUUUUAAAUUUGACUGAGUCAGAAUAUGAAAAAUCUGAAUCUUAUGAGUGCAAUGAAGUAAUGAACGCAUUGCUGGUCUGUACGCAAAUCCUGUAUGCUGUACUCCUUCAGUGAUUAGUGAUUACUAAGUGUUGGAACCUUUUCCAGUAUUGUCAUUAUUGGAUUCGGCAUAUUUGUUCCAAGGAAAUCAGCAUCCUACAGAACCAGGCACUGGGGAAAGCCUUAAUGCAUGUUCUAUCUCCGAAGCAAACUACAUUUGCAGUCACUCUGUGGUAGCAGCUGCCAACCCAAAAUACAGGUGAUUGAAUGGAGCUUUUUCCUCAUUCUUUGGCCCCUUGAGACUUUGUUAGCUAAAUCUGCUGAAAAAAGAAAAAGAAAAGUUGCAGGCAUGAAUUGUGCCAGAAACUGGAGAUAUAUCAAGAUUAUGAUGCAGCCUUGACAAGUUUUUGCGUGGAGAUGUAUGAAGAUGCUGAUGAGGCCACAAGAAGAGCAAUGAGAAGUUCUUUAUUUAUUUAUUUUUAUCAAAUUGACAUAAGAGUAGUGCAAAUCUUCUAAAAAACUAAAUACCCUUAUUUUUUUAUUAUCAAAUUGACAUAAUGUUCUACUUCUAAUCUUUUAAAAAACUAAAUACUAAAUGCAUUAUUGUCAGUAGUACAAAUUUUUUGCCAAGUUUAUUU